AGAGAGAGAGAGAGAGAGAGAGAGAGAGAGAGAGAGAGAAGGGGUAAGAAAAAUUCAAAGCCAGAGGUUGUCGGGAACCAAUCUGGAAGGAAGGAAGGUUGCAAGGAAGGAAGGUUGCAGAGAGAGAGAGAAGAGGAUGGCGAUGUUAGAGAUCAUGAGCAUUAUUGGGAUAAUCAUGCUUCUUUUGCUUCUCCUCAUCUUCCUUUUCGCCUGCAAGCCAUGGCGCUUCCUUCCCCGUUCCCGUUCCUCCCCUUUCUCUACCUUCAAGGUGGGAGAUUUGCAGAGACCGCUUAUAUCUAAUGAUGAGAAUCUAAUCCAAGGCCAAACCAGCAGUGAGGUCUCAAGGGAAUUUGAUUUAGAAGAAGCUUGCUUCCAACAAAGGCUUCCUUCUUCUUCUCCCCUUCUCACCCAAGGUGAAAGCUUUGAUCUACAAAUAAUCUCUGAACCUUCUGACAAUGCUUUGGUGGGGGAUACGCUUAAGCAUCCACCUGAAAAAGUUAGCUUCCAAGAGGUGCAAACAUAUGACUCACAAACUCAAAACCUGCAGCAUGAUUUACUUUCCGAGCUUUCUCCACGAGCUGUUAAAGAUCAAAGAAGCUGGUUGUCUCUUGAGGUCAUUUCCGGUCCUUCCGUUGGGCUUCAAUAUGCUGUGCACUCCACAAGCACCUCCAAGCUGCCAGUGAACCUUGGAAGGGUUUCUUCUGAUAUGGUAUUGAAGGACUCAGAAGUUUCAGGGAAGCAUGCUCAAAUAACAUGGAACUCUACUAAAUUGAAAUGGGAGCUGGUAGACAUGGGUAGCUUAAAUGGAACUCUCUUGAACUCUCGUUCUGUAAGUCAUCCUGAUCUAGGCAGCAGGAAGUGGGGUCACCCUGUCGAGCUUGCAAAUGACGAUAUAAUAACUUUGGGAAGUACUACUAUGGUCUCUGUGCGUAUCUCAUCUCAGAAUGAGUUUCAGACACCGUUCAGAGUUGGUGUGGCCUCGGAUCCCAUGGCUGCACGUCGAGGAGGCAGGGAACUUCCAAUGGAAGAUGUUUGUUAUUACAAGUGGCCGCUUCCUGGGGCUAAUAAGUUUGGGCUGUUUUGUGUUUGUGAUGGACAUGGGGGAGCCGGUGCUGCUCAAUCCGCAGUAAAAAUUAUUCCUGAGGUUCUGGCGAAUAUUUUAUCAGACGCUCAUAGGAAAGAGAAAGUGUUAUCACAAAGAGAUGCUUCGGAUGUCCUGAGGGACGUGCUUGUGAAAACAGAAGCUCGCUUGGAUGAUCACUUAUAUGAGGGUUGUACAGCUACAGUUCUCUUGGUUUGGAAAGACAGUGAAGAACAUUUAUUCGCACAAUGUGCUAAUCUUGGGGAUUCAGCAUGUGUAAUCAACCAUGAUGGGAGAUAUACACAAAUGACUGAAGAUCAUCGAGUGACUAGCUUGACCGAGAGAAGAAGAAUCCAAGAAGCAGGACUAUCUUUGAGAGAUAAAGAGACUAGGAUCUUUGGUAUAAACCUUGCGAGGAUGCUAGGAGACAAAUUUCCAAAGCAGCAAGACGCCCGUUUCAGCGCAGAGCCAUAUAUAAGUGAGCCUUUGCGUAUCGAUCAGUCUAGUAAAGACGCGUUUGCUGUAUUGGCUAGUGAUGGGUUAUGGGAUGUGGUGACUCCGAAGAAAGCUGUGCAGCUGGUGCUUCAGAUGAGAGAGAAGGAGAGAGGGACAGAAAAUAGUGCAGAGAAAAUAGCAAAUGGUCUACUGAAUGAAGCUAGAGUGAUGCGUACAAAGGACAACACCUCUAUUAUUUACUUAGAUUUUGAUGCUUCCAUGUAAUGUUAUUAUUAAAAUAUUUGGGAAGUGUCUGUCUUUUGUGUACAAUUCUUUUAUUUAUACUUGUGUUAGUAUCAUAGGAUAUAUGGGAAAAGAAAAACUCAGGUGCAGAGCUUUAGGAUGGGUAUGGCGAGCUUAUAUUGGUUUCAUCUCUUCCUUAUAUAAUAAUAUCAUAUUUAACAGUGUAAUGUUAUCUCUACCUCGAC